GGUGGUUCCUUUAAGAAAAGCGUGAAUGGUGAAUGAAUUUGAGCCGCUCCGCACUGACGUAAACGGCUUGGAGAGGUUUGGUUUCCCCAGCAGGAAGAGGCAGCCAGAUAACGGUGAUGAGAACCAGGCUUAUUGCGGGAGGGGCAUCAGAGCUGUUUCCCACAUCAUUUUUGUGUUUUACUGCCUAAACGUCCCGUGUGUGACUGGAAUCUUACGACGUUUUAUUUUCCAGUAAUGCACGAUUUCUUGCCGCCGCCUUUUUGCGCGCACAUCCUAUAGGCUAUUUACUGCACAUCACUGUGCAUUAGACAGUUCAAAGUGUGUGGAAAUGCCCCAGCGGAAGCAGCUUUCCUUGGGACAUACGCGGCUCGACUAGGAUUGCACAGCACGGACUGAUGACCAUUGCCCCGCACCACUACCGGUCUCUUAGGGAAACAUGCAUCAUAACGAAAGGGAACAGUCUGUGAAUUCCUCUCCUGAGAAACAAGGGACAGCGCAGGGGAGUGACUUCCAGAGCCUGGGGAGCACCACAGACUUCCAGCAACCUGCUCAGCCUAAACUUGAGUUCAGACGAAACGCAGUCACCGACGACUACAAGAUCACCGCUCAGGUUCUCGGCCUGGGAAUCAAUGGCAGAGUGCUGGAAUGUUACUGCAAGAAGACAGGGGAGAAAUGUGCUCUCAAGAUUCUGUAUGACACGCCUAAAGCCAGACGGGAGGUUGAGCUGCACUGGCGUGUGUCUGGAGGGCCCUAUAUUGUUGGGAUCCUCAGCCUGUAUGAAAAUAUACACCAGGGGAAGAAAUGUCUCCUCAUCGUAAUGGAGUGUAUGGAAGGAGGGGAACUGUUCAGUCGCAUCCAGGCCAGAGGGGACCAGGCGUUCACAGAGAGAGAGGCAUCUGAAAUCAUGCGGGACAUUGGCACAGCGAUUGAGUACCUUCACCACAUGGACAUUGCCCACAGAGAUGUGAAGCCCGAAAAUUUACUCUACACCACCAAGGAGAGUAAUGCCACAUUAAAACUGACGGACUUUGGCUUUGCAAAGGAGACAACGUUGCACAACUCGCUCCAAACUCCCUGUUACACUCCAUAUUACGUUGCCCCAGAAGUACUUGGGCCAGAGAAAUAUGACAAAUCAUGUGACAUGUGGUCUCUGGGCGUAAUCAUGUAUAUUCUGCUGUGUGGGUUUCCUCCGUUCUACUCGAACACAGGCCAGGCCAUCUCUCCAGGCAUGAAACAGAGGAUCAGGUUGGGACAAUAUGAAUUCCCCAACCCCGAGUGGGCUGAGGUUUCUGAGGAAGCUAAACAGCUCAUCAUCCAGUUACUGAAGACUGACCCCAAUGAGAGGAUGACCAUCGGACAGUUUAUGAACCAUCCCUGGAUCAGUCAGUUGAUGGUGGUCCCUCCAACACCCCUCCAUACCUCGCGUGUUUUGACAGAGGACAAAGAGCUGUGGGACGAUGUAAAGGAGGAAAUGACCAGUGCUCUGGCUACCAUGCGUGUGGACUAUGACCAGGUGAGGAUCAAAGACUUGGACACCUCCAACAACCCUCUGCUGAACAAGAGACGCAAGAAGCCGAUGUCUGGUGGAGCUGAACAGGGAGGAGAGGCUGAUGCAGCAGAGGGUGGCAGAGGAGAUGGUGAUGCAGGAGUUGGGGGAGGAGUCGUUUGUAACAGUCACUGACAUGUUAAAUUCCCUGAAAGCAUGGGAAAAUGAUUAUUGGUCAAAAGGAGUGUUAUACAACUAUGUGAGCCUGAAUGAGCAAUAUUUUUCUGUCCACAAAGCACUUGUUAUUUUUCUUUACUCUUUUUCUCAUUCUUUGUACCACCAGCACAUAAUAGUGUAAUGAAUGUUAUUCAUUUUGAUUGCCACUGUUCUAACGUUUUAAAUAAAUUCUUUUGUUUUAUAUGUUG